UUACGAUAGUCACAGAGAGACAGAGAGAGAGAGAGGCAGAGACACAGGCAGAUGGAGAAGCAGGCUCCAUGCACCGGGAGCUCGACGUGGGAUUCGAUCCUGGGUCUCCAGGAUCGCGCCCUGGGCCAAAGGCAGGCGCUAAACCCCUGCGCCACCCAGGGAUCCCAACAAACAAAAAAUUAAAUGACAGAUACACUGGCAGGAAAUAUUUGCAACAUGUUUGACAAAAGUACUAAUUUCCUGAAUAUACAAAGAGGUCAAUGAACAGAUUAACAGAAACAAUCAACAGCCCAAAAGCAAAUAGCAAUAGACAGAGAAGGUUAUUUUUAGGGGAAAAAAAAAAAAGAAAUAAAAAAGCUCAUAAACAUAUGCAAAAUAAUAAAAAAAAAAACCCAGAACUUAGGAAAUGCAAGUUUAUUUUAUUUUUAUUUUUUUAAAGAUUUUAUUUAUUUAUUCAUGAGAGAGAGAGAGAGAGAGAGAAAGACAGAGGCAGAGGCAGAGGGAGAAGCAGGCUCCAUGCAGGGAGCCUGAUGUGGGACUCGAUCCCAGGACUCCAGGUCAUGCCCUGAGCCAAAGGCAGAUGCUCAACCACUGAGCCACCCAGGCAUCCCCAAGAAAUGCAAGUUUAAAACAAUGCUACACCAUAUUUUACCCCCAACAUAACAGACAAUAUAGUGUAAUGCUUAAAACCGAAGGCUCUAGAGUCAGAAUACUUAGGAUUAAAUCCUCACUCUACUCCUGUGUAUGUCCUAGUUUCCUUGCCUAGAGUGGUCAUGAGAGCCAAAUGAGAAAAUGUAAUAAAAACCAAUUAGAACCGUGGCUGGCAUAUAGUAACUAUGUUCAUUCUUAUUAUCAGAUUGACAGAAAUAGUAAAAACAGGAGUAGUGGUGGAAACAGAAUAGAGGACCAGGCCGUCUCAUAUACUGUCAUACAGCCUGGCACAGUGUCUUUGACAACUUGACACUGUCUACUUGCAUUCUAAAUUCCCUUUUAGAAAUGUAUCCUAUCGAUCACAUAUGUUCAUAAAAUUAUAUACAUAUCAGGCAGCCUGGGGUAGCUCAGCAGCUUAGUGCCGCCUUUAGCCCAGGGCGUGAUCCUGGGAAUCCGGGAUUGAGUUCCAUGUUGGGCUCCCUGUAUGGAGUCUGCUUCUCCCUCUGCCUGUGCUCUGCCUCUUUCUGUCUUUCAUGAAUAAAUCAAUAAAAUCUUUAAAAAAAUUAUAUAUAUAUAUAUAUCUAUUCAUAAAGAUAUACAUGCAUAUAUAUAGUUUUUCACUGCAAGAAUGUCUGUAACAGAGGUGCCUGGGUGGCUCAGUCCAUUAAGUGUCCUACUCAAUUUUGGCUUAGGUCAUGAUCUCAGUUUCAGGAGAUCAAGCCCAGUGAUCUGCCCACUCAGCAGAAUCUGUCUCCCCUCUCUCUUGUUCUGCCUUCCCCCGCCACAGCUCAUGCACACACUCUCUUUCAGAUAAAUAAUCUUAAAAAUAGAGAAUGUCUAUAACAGCAAAAGACUGGAGAUACCCUAAAUGGCCAUCCAAAUGGCCAUUAUUUAUAAUGCAAAUAAAUACACGAUGGUGCAUCCUAAAAUGGAAAUGGAAUAAUAUACUACCAUGAAAAAAAAUUCCCCAAGACAGUCAAAAAAGCAGUCAUAAAACAAUGUGGAUAUCUUGCCAGUGUUAGUGUUAGAAUGCAUGGAAUACUUCUGGAAGGCUACACAAGAACAUAGUAAAAGUAGUUACUAUAGGAACAGCAAUUAGCAAUCGCCCCUGAGGGGCAAGACUGGGAGCUGAAGUCAGAAAUUUGCUUUUCAUUAACCAUCCUCCCAUAAAACUGCAACUAUCCCUUCCCCACCACAUGUACGUUAUUUUUUCCACUAAACAAAAAACUAGGUGAUUUUAUUUAUUUAUUUGUUUGUUUAUUUAUUUAUGAUAGUCACAGAGAGAGAGAGAGAGAGAGAGAGAGAGAGAGGCAGAGACACAGGCAGAGGGAGAAGCAGGCUCCAUGCACCGGGAGCCCAAUGUGGGAUUCGAUCCCGGGUCUCCAGGAUCGCGCCCUGGGUCAAAGGCAGGCGCCAAACCGCUGCGCCACCCAGGGAUCCCCUUAUUUAUUUAUUUAUUUAUUUAUUUUAUUUUUAAUUUUUUUAAUUUUUAUUUAUGAUAGUCACAGAGAGAGAGAGAGAGAAAGAGAGAGAGAGAGAGAGAGAGGCAGAGACACAGGCAGAGGAAGAAGCAGGCUCCAUGGACCGGGAGCCUGACGUGGGAUUCGAUCCUGGGUCUCCAGGAUCGCGCCCUGGGCCAAAGGCAGGCGCCAAACCACUGCGCCACCCAGGGAUCCCGCCCCCUUUUUUUAAAAUUUUUUUAAUUUUUAUUUAUUUAUGAUAGUCACAGAGAGAGAGAGAGAGAGAGAGAGAGAGAAAGAGAGAGAGAGAGGCAGAGACACAGGCAGAAGGAGAAGCAGGCUCCAUGCAGGGACCCUGAUGUGGGACUCGAUCCUGGGACUCCAGGACCACACCCUGGGCCAAAGGCAGGCACCAAACGCUGAGCCACCAAGGGAUCCCAAAACUAGGUGAUUUUAAAAAAUAAGAAUGCAGUCACCAGGUAAUAUUACAACUCUAUCAGAAAAGCACACCAGCUGAUGACAGAAGUUCCAAGAGAAAAGCUGGUUGCUUGACUAUCCCUGUAGCUUUGAGGACCACAAUGAAUACCCUAGAGCAGAGUCCUCGGGUCUGCAGGUUAUCACUGUAGAGUGCCGAGAACCACAGGGAGGAAGCACACAAGUCCUGUUUCCAGAUCUCACAUCUGUUAUCCUGAUGUUAACUGCCAGGGCCUCCAGAACAAGCGUAUGCAGGUGUAUGGAGUGUCUGAGCGCUGAAGUGUAGGAGUGUUCUUAUACUUGGUGUUCGUUGGGAUGAUGACUUUGAGGGGAAAGGAAGGUAGAGGGACUGACUAUCCCUUGUGACGGUCUCUUGGUUCUCAAUUAUUUCUUUGAACAACUUGUUUUUUCCUUUCACCUUAACAUCUCAUGUAUAAAUAGAUUUGCAACUCAUAAAGUAGUUUCACUUUCUCAUUAAUUCUGACAAUCCAGGAUAUGGAUACGAUAAUGCCAUUUUAGAGGAGUCUUGGAGGGGUGGCCCAGUCCCAUGAAUACUAGGUUUGUGUCCUGGCACCACCACUUGACUCUCCAAAUCAGGUGCUUUCCAUACCAUGGUUUCUCCAUCUCUGCCCAAUCUCUCGCCACUAGAUCCUACUACUACCUCAUCCUUGCCAAUACCAAAGUAGUGAAGCCUAUAAAUUCAGUCUCACUAUACUGAGUACCCACUACGCAAUGGUACCGACUAGACAGCUCACAUUUUAUCUCCUUUACCCUGUAAAGACAGGCUCUAUUAUCUUCACAAUCUAAAUGUGUCCACAGAAGUUAGAAGGGGAGCCGAUUGUUUAAUGUCACACAGCUCCUAUGUUACUAUGCCGAGUGAGGACUCAAGCCCCAGCGCCUGGCUCUAAAGCCCGCUAUACGUGAAAGCACACUGCCCCAGAAACAGCUCUUAGUGUUCCACGGUUUGUUGAGAUGGUUAAAGACCACAGUCAAAGACAAUCUGUAAGUUCCCAAGUAGGGUAAGUUAUACUAUUAAAGACAAGUCUGCUCUUCAGAUAAUUUUCUCCUGUUGAUUUACUUUGUCUUUCACAUCUCUGAAACGAAAUCAAACCUAAAUUUCAAGGGAAAGGUUGGGGCAGUGCCAUCCAGGAAAGUGAGACAAGUAAAGGGCCCGGCAGUCCUGGAAGGCCCGCCUUCUGCGGUUGCCAGGCAACAGAGGAAAACAGCAAAAAGUGGCAGGAUCAUGGCCACGAACUACAGUGCCAACCAGGUAAGUCCUUUUUCCAUCUCUAACGUUCAGUUUUGCCUUUCAGAUUUUACCUUUGGACUGACCUUCCCAGAAGAUUCUGAUUAUUGAAUGAAUAGCUGAAAGUGGGGUGAGAUAGUAUUUUUCACGUCCUUAGCUCCUCAGGGUAGAGAGGGCCCACGGACAAAUGAAAGGUAUCUCACGGUUAAGUCUGUAGGAUGGAAACGAGAGGCCAGCAGAGUUUUUUCCGUAAAGGGCCAAAGGAUAAGUAUUUUAUUUUUAGGGUCAAGUGACAAAAUUAGAGAUGUAGGUACAGCAAGAGAAAAUAUUUUUCCAUAAAAUUUUUGACAAAAUUCAAAAUAUCAUAACUGUGGGCAGCCCUGGUGGCGCAGCGGUUUGGUGCCGCCUGCAGCCCAGGGCGUGAUCCUGGAGACCCGGGAUCGAGUCCCACAUCGGGCUCCCUGCAUGGAGCCUGCUUCUCCCUCUGCCUGUGUCUCUGCCUCUCUCUCUCUGUGUCUAUGAAUAAAUAAAAUCUUAAAAAAAAACAAAAUAUCAUAACUGUAAUUUUUUAUAAUACUAAUGAAAAAAAAAGAAUUCUUUUGGGAUGAGAAAACACUUCACUUUAUUGGGAUACAAAGCUACUCUUUCGGGCAGCCCUGGUGGCACAGUGGUUUAGUGCUGCCUGCAGCCCAGGGCGCGAUCCUGGAGACCCCGGAUCGAGUCCGUCAGGCUCUCUGUAUGAUGCCUGCUUCUCUCUCUGCCUCUCUCUCUCUCUGUCUCUAUGAAUAAAUAAAUAAAAUCUUAAAAAAAAAACCAAACAAACCCAAAGCUCAAAUCAGUUGCAAAUAUUCAUCUAUAAAAAACAUUUUUUGCUUUCUCAGGUCAUCCCAAGACAGACAGGAGGAUGGAUGUGGCCCAUGGGCCACAGUCUGCAGACCCGUAGUCUAGACCAGGGCUGCCCAACAAAAAGAUAAUGAGAGUCACAAAUGUAAUUUAAAAUUUUCUAGUAGCUACAUGAAAAAAAAAUUAAUUUUAUUUAUUUUUAUUUUUAUUUUUUUAAAAAACACCAGUGAGCAGCUGCUUUGGUCCCCAGUGCAUUUCCUUUUUUUUUUUUUAAUUUUUAUUUAUUUAUGAUAGUCACACAGAGAGAGAGAGAGAGGCAGAGACACAGGGAGAGGGAGAAGCAGGCUCCAUGCACCGGGAGCCCGACGUGGGAUUCGAUCCCGGGUCUCCAGGAUUGCGCCCUGGGCCAAAGGCAGGUGCCAAACCGCUGCACCACCCAGGGAUCCCCAAAAUUAAUUUUAAUAAUAUAUUUAACCCAAUAACUCUAAAAUAUUACUUCAAUGAUUAAUCAAUAUUUAAAAAGUUAUAAUGUUUACAUUUUUUUUGUACUAACUCUCCAAAAUUACAAAGCACCUCCAUUGGGACUAGUCACAUUUCAAAUGUCCAACAGCCACACGUGACUAGUGGUGCCAUGUUGAACAGCAUACAUUUAGGCCAAAAAAUUAUAUCCCUUCAAUAGUGAGUUAAAGUCUAGCUUGGCUCUAUAGGCCAUUUGGUCCUCAACUCUAAAGAACUGUGCCUCGUCAUCAUUUCUUGGGUAUGAGGCCUUUGAGCGUCACAUCUUUCUCUCCACAGUAUGAAAAAGCUUUCUCACCCAAGUAUCUGCAGAACUGGUCUCCGGCCAAGCCAACAAAAGAGGUAUUGCAUGUGCUCCUGCGGAGCCAGUAUCUGAUUCUUCCCACCGUAUCUGUAACUCACUGGCACCUAAUUUCUUUAGCCUCCUCUAAAUUCCCAUAUCCUCCUCUCCCUCAGCCCUUAGCUCAAAUCCCUUGGAUACCUAUUCUCUCCUUUCUAUUCCAUUUUUCACAAGCACUUCUCUCCUUACCUCCUCCUCAGAGAAUUUCUUCCCAAGAAGGCUACACUCAGAUUAUCGCCAAUGAUCGUGGUCAUCUGUUGCCUUCAGUGCCCCGGUCCAAGGAGAGUCCCUGGGGAUCUUUCAUGGGCACCUGGCAAAUGCCUCUGAAGGUACCCCCUGCUCGGGUGACCUUGACCUCCCGUUCAGUUGCUGGUGCUGCCUCCCUCACCAAAUGGAUACAGAAAAAUCCAGAUUUGCUCAAGGCCUCCAAUGGGCUGCGUCCUGAAAUCUUCGGCAAGCCUCAUGAUCCAGACGGUCAGAGGAAACUUGGGAAGUCUCUCACAAAGAUGGUACAACAAGCACCAAGUCCAAUCAUAAUUCCAAGCUCUCCAGCUGCAAACCUCAACCCCCCAGACCAACCCCAAAGCUCACACCCCUCUGCAGGUCACACUCCAGGUCCCCAAAGCCCAGUUAGCUCUCUUAAGACCCCACCUGGAUGCCCGUGUACGCCAGAACACUGGGCAAACCCUAGUUCAGCUGAGGUCCAGAGAUGCAAACCUGGAGCUCCAGAAGCACCGCAGGACCACACUGAGAAAAAGCUGUCUAGAGACUGAGUGAAGUCGGCCAGACCUCCCCGUGAGGAAUGUAGAACAAGGAAAGUAUAGGGUGGGAAUAAAGGCAAACUUGGAAAAUAAACAUCAUUUGUUGCAUCUAUUACUGAUUGGAAUGUUCUCCUCCUGUUACGGCUGCCUCUUACAACCCAUGACUAGGAGGUGGGUUGGGUUAAAUAAAGUAGGAAAAAGAUCAUGAUGGGGGCUCGAGGUGGAACAUGUUUUUACAAGGACUGAGUCAGUUUUGCUCCAAAAGUGACCAAGACUAAAACUAUAGCAAAAGAAACCUCCCAAAGAACCAGUUUCUUACCCUCAACCCCUCAUUUUUCAUCCUGAGCAUGCACAACUACAACUUCCAAGUCAGAAAUACAAUUGCUUAUUAGAGUAUGCAUGUCUGGAAAAGAUGCGGGAAGAAGAGGUAUGGAAAGCCAGCACAGAAGACACUACCCUCAUCUCUGACUUCACAGCUGAUGACAGAACAGAGGGCAGACCAACUAGAGAGUUAUGAAAGUAAAACUCAAGCAAAAGUACCUAUGUACGUAGUUUGAAAACUGAAGAUACAGAAGGGAUUAGAAGAAAACCAGAGAGAGAUGGUAAGUAGUUAUUCAGGGCAGAAUAACAACUAUGAGGACCACUCUACCCCAACCCCAAUCACCCAAAUGGUAAGAAGCCGCCAAAAAGGUAAGAAGUUCCCCAACCACUUCCCAGCUUCCAACAUCUGCUUAUCAUUCUCCUAUUCUGUGUCUUCCUCACGCUGGCUGUUCAACUGCAUGCCCUUGCCAAGCCUUUCCCAGCUCCAAUGCCAAAGUGUUCCCUUGCGACACUUGUCCCCUACUCCAAGGAGAGGCACAGAGGACUUAGGGUUUAAGCUGGAAGAAGGCUACAAAGGCUUCCCAGGGCUAGUCUAGCAGAAAGGGAGAAGUGAUCAUCAUGUAAAGCCAAAGACCACUUGGGGGCCACUUGGAGGAAGACGGCUGAGGUAGCAGGUCCCCACGGCCUUAGCUCUCAGGAGGUCUUCUUGUCCAACUGCCACUAAUUACAGUCAUCAUUCCUCCUCUCUAACCCACAGCUCUAACCGGUUUCCCAACAACUCCAGACAAGAUCGAUCUGUUACCCUUGAGAUUCCAAAGACUAUCAAAGCAGCACUCCUGCCAAGGUAGUUAGGGAUUUAAGAGGCUGGCCCACAGGGGUUUUAAAAGCAGCAAGUUUCUCCAUCAAAUUACAGAUUUUUGCCAGGUCUUCAACAAUCCCUCCUCUCUUAUCUCGGCUCUCCUUUCUCUCCCAGUCUAUAUACUUAGCUUAUCAUCCCUCAGCUGCUACCUCCACUGGUCCUCUGGCUCCCUUACUGGAUCAUCAUUUGCUGAACUCCACCCUGAGGUCUAUGAGCAGUUCUCACUGGGAUUCAGGACCCUGUGAUAAUGCAAAGCUUUCCACAUGCUUAACCUCCUUUCUCUUGCUCCUUCCUUCUCUGAGGCUUCUGCACGAUAUUCAGUCUCUGGUUACUUGCAUUUGAUUCCCUAAAAAUUGUUCCAGUGGUCAGCUGCAG